AUGAUGCCAGAUUCAGUAGAAGAAAAUUUGAGAAGGGUUUUGAAGGGCCUACCCUUGGAUUCAGAAGAAGCAGAAAUUUGUGAUUUUAGCUUAGAAGAGCAAAAUGAAGCUUUGGAAUCACAAGGGAUACAACCAAGUGUUGAUCCAAAAUAUAAACCAGUCAUAUGUGAAACCAUAAUGUAUAUUGUUGCUUGUGUAAUAGUAAAUGACUCUGAUGAGGUAUUAAUGAUGCAGGAAGCUAAAAAAUCUUGUGCAGGCAAAUGGUAUCUACCAGCUGGGCAUAUGGAAAAAGGUGAAAAUAUAAUAACAGCUUGUGAAAGAGAAGUACUAGAAGAGACAGGUUUGAAGGUCCACUGCACCACUUUGCUGAUGGUAGAAACAGCAAGAGGUAGCUGGAUGCGGUUUGUUCUAACUGGAAACAUAGUUGGUGGGAGUUUGAAAACUCCUUCUGAAGCAGAUAAAGAGUCACUCCAGGCAAAAUGGGUCAAGGAUUUGGAUGAAUUGGAGCUCAGAGCUGGGGAUAUAACACACCUUAUUUCAAAUGCUAGGGCAUACAAGUCGGCGAAAGCCGCCCAAGCCUCCGGCUGGUUCGAAGAGCGCCUGCCCGCCCUGCGAGCCUACCCCAAGCAGCUGCUGCGGCUGGUGGUGGUGAUCAAGAAGCGGGCCACCAACAGGGUGCACGUGCUGCUGAGCGAGCGCACGUCGUGGCACCUGCCCGCCUGCGAGGUGCACCCGGCCAAGAGCCUGCACUCGACGUUGCGCCGCUUCAUGGUCGAGCUGUUCGGGGCUGAGGUGCCUGCGCACAGGCCCCAAGGAUUGUUGUCGGUGGAACAUGAUCCCUCUACCGGGAAAGACGGACUUUGCUUGACCCUUCUCGUCGCUUUCAGAUCGCCUCUAGAAGAAGUCCCAAUUAUUGGAAAGUGUGUUUGGCAUGAAACUUCUAAAGAUCUGGGCGACAAGAUACUUCAAAGGGUGGCAUCCAAAAAUGCCUGUUUUCCAUUGCAUGUUAUCAAAUAA